AUGGAAGCCGUUGACUUCCACUUCGAAGAUUCACUAAUCGACCCCUACGACGAGGGCCUCCACGGAGUCAACCAGUCUGAUAAUAUCGCUUUCGUGCAGAUUCUCUGGGCUAGUCUCGGAUUACUAACAAGCAUCGUUGUUUCUGUUCAGCUCGUGCUCCAUCAGACAAACUCGAGGCGAAGGAUCGCCCUCGCAGAGGCACCCAAAGAGACCCACCAAGAUGCCUGGGUUAGACCUGUGUUUCCCUGGGUCCCGGGCGUGAAGCGACGGUUUCUGUAUGCUCCCUUGUUCAGCUUGCGGCGGGCACGCCGACUACAUUGGUUUGGAAGCUUGUCGACACGCAGCCACGCCAUAUUCCUCUUGUUCUAUGCAGCUAGCAACAUUGCAUAUAUGUUUGCCGUUAACUUUGAUUCGUGGACGAACCGGUACACUGGCGGUGGCGAACAUGGUCCCGCUGGUCCUUCUAAUAGGGCACGACAACCCCAUAACGGUUUGGUUGCGGUUGAAUUACGACGACUGCAUCAUGCUUCAUCGCUGGAUUGUCCUGGUCUAACAUUCUAUGCUGGUAGAACUGUUGUUUUGGAGAUCCUUUUACACGGCAUUGUCUGGGCGGUUGUUCACGUCGCCGAUAAGGGCUGGUCAAGUGUCGGGGUAAAGGUAGUUCACCAUGAUUUCAUCAGAGCCGGCUUCGUGGGAUGGGUCGCGCUUGCGUUGAUACUGGUUCUGUCGCUCCCCCCGGUCCGCGCCGCAUGCUAUGAGGCUUUGGUCAACAUUCACAUCCUGCUCGCAACCAUCAUCAUCGGAUCCACCAUCGCCCACUGCAAACUAUCCGGAUUUGAUCUACCUCAUACGCCAUGGAACAUUGCGGCGGCUGUUCUGUGGGCUGUGGAGCGUCUUUUGAGGGCCCUCAGGCUUGUGCGGUACAGCCUCACCCGCCAGGGGCGGACCAUAACCGACAUAGAGACCAUCGAAGGAACUAGCAAUAUGUGUCGCAUCACGAUGAAUCUUCCGUGCCGCGUCGACAUAAAGCCGGGUACGCAUGCCUACAUUCGCCUUGGCGCAGUCAAAUUUCGGGAGACCCAUCCAUUCUCUAUGGCUUGGGUUGAACACCGUCUGUAUCCAACGGCAAGGGGAUUUUCACAAAGAAAGAUAACCACCGUGGUCUCUUUCAUCGUCUGUGCUCAGCAAGGCUUUACCCGUGAUUUGUUCAACCGGGUCUCGGCAUCUGGAGGGGUGUUAACGACGAACGCAACGUUCAAAGGGCCAUACGGUGGUCACACCUCACUCGACAGUUACGGCCACGUCGUUCUCAUCGCCGGUGCAAGCGGCAUCACACAUCAGAUUGGGUACGCUCGAAGACUUGUUCUUGGUUUCAACUCACAGACGACGGCAACUCGGCGGAUUGUCCUCGUUUGGGUCAUCUGA